CUUCGAAGCCUCGACACGGAACGUCACGUCACUACCAGGAAGUCAUACGAGUGGCUAACUGGCUAUAUAGAGGCUAGUGAGCAGAAAUGAAUCUGCUUAUUAAAAAUACUGCCGUGCAUUUUCAUAGUUCAGAACAAGAUUGACAUUCUGCCCACGGUGCCGUGCACAGGCACACAGGGAAUCUGCAAUGGGCCAAAGAAGGAGAGGGGGAGCUGUGAAUACUCCUUCGUCUCAGGGAGUGUCUGGAGUUCCUGCGGAGUCUGGCAGGGUCUCCAGCGGGAUGCACAGCAUCUGCAUGGUGUCUGACUUCUUCUAUCCAAAUAUGGGAGGAGUAGAGAGUCACAUUUACCAGCUCUCCCAGUGUUUGAUUGAAAAGGGACACAAAGUGGUGAUUGUAACCCAUUCCUAUGGCAAGAGGAAUGGUAUCAGGUACCUGACAAAUGGACUCAAGGUCUACUACCUCCCUCUGCAGGUGAUGUACAACCAGUCUACAGCCACCACCUGUUUCCACAGUCUACCACUGCUGCGCUGUGUGUUUGUCAGAGAGCGUAUCACUGUGGUACAUGCACACAGUUCAUUUUCCGCACUGGCCCAUGAUGCACUGUUCCACGCGAAGACCAUGGGCCUUAACACGGUGUUCACUGACCACUCACUCUUUGGCUUUGCUGACGUCAGCUCUGUGCUGACCAACAAGCUUCUGACUGUGUCGCUGUGUGAUACCAACCACACUGUGUGUGUAUCAUACACCAGUAAGGAGAACACCGUGCUCCGAGCAGCACUCAAUCCAGAGAUCGUGUCUGUUAUUCCCAAUGCUGUUGAAUCUACCGAUUUCACUCCUGACCCUUCCCAGCGCCAAGAUGACAAGAUCACUAUUGUGGUCAUCAGUCGUCUCGUCUACCGCAAAGGAAUUGAUCUUCUUGGUGGGAUAAUUCCAGAGCUCUGCCUCAAGCAUCCUGACCUGCACUUCAUAAUUGGUGGAGAAGGACCAAAGAGAAUUGUAUUGGAGGAAGUCAGAGAGAAAUACCAACUCCAUGACAGGGUGCGUCUGCUGGGUGCUUUAGAGCAUAAAGAUGUCCGCAGUGUUUUGGUUCAGGGUCACAUCUUCCUCAACACGUCUCUGACUGAGGCCUUCUGCAUGGCCAUCGUAGAAGGAGCCAGCUGUGGACUUCAGGUGGUUAGCACGCGUGUCGGGGGCAUUCCUGAGGUGUUACCUGAGGAUCUGAUUACCUUGUGUGAGCCAAAUAUACGGUCCUUGUGCAUCGGUCUAGAAACGGUCAUCGCCCGGCAGCGGUCAGGCUCAGUCCACUCCCCUGCCUCCAUCCACGCUCGUGUGAAAAACCUCUACACUUGGAAAAAUGUUGCAGAGAGGACAGAAAAAGUGUACGACAGAGUGGCUGGAGAGGAGGUGCUUCCUCUGGACAGGCGGUUACGGAGGCUGAGGGCUCACUGUGGCCCUGUCGCCGGCUCCAUCUUUGCAUUCGUCGCAGUUUUGGACUUCCUCUUCCUGCUGCUCCUGCAGUGGUUGGUGCCAGAUCGAAUCAUUGAUGUCGCCGUGGACGCCACCGGCCCUCUUGGACUGUGGGGGCAGAAAUCGAGCAGUAAAAACAAAGCUCAUUCUAAGAAGCACACAAAGCGGGCAGCGGAACUUCACCACAGUGAUCACUCCUUACCUUCGUCUGACCUCUAACUGCACACAUGAGGGUAAACCUCUAAACAUUGCCACUACAUGAUAAAUGCACUCAUGGUCAUCCCAAACCUUGUUUACAUUUUGCUUAUCAAAGGGGCCUGAAGAUAUUUUCAUAUUUGAAAGCUGUGGUCGUUUUUAAUGAGCACCUUUCUUUCAUUGAGACAUUUAAUAGAUAGGGCUGCACAAUUAACCAUAAAAUAAUCAAAACGCAUUAACACAAAGUCUAAUAUCCAAAUCGAAAGACACCGUAAUUAUUUGAUGAAGAUAAAAUGUGUCAAAUCUGCAUUAUGAUGAAAUUCUGCAGUGUUGCAGGAAUUUAGGAGCCCCAAAAAUCUUGUCUGACAGAUGAGAAAAUGUCUUUGAUUUAUUGAUACAGGUAUGAUGCAAUAAAUUAUAUGUACCAAUUAUGAAUCAUGUCACAAUCAUAAUAUCUGUCAAAAUCACCUUAUGAUUAUUGCUUUACCAUAUUGUGCAGCUCUAAUUAUUAAUAGCACUGACCAGAGGGAGUAAAAGGGCUUAAUAACUAUAUACUUAUUGUUACAUUGCACAAAAAACGUUUUUUAUUAAGAUGAUUGUGUAACCUCCAAGACUGUCCAGACCAGGAAAUAAAUUGUAUUUUAAAAUGCUUUA